CUGGGACCAAAGGAAGGUUCUUGUAAGCCUGUGGGUGAGAGACAGAUGGCCAUGGAGAACAACACACACACAUGAAACUAGAAAAGGCUCAAUCACAGAAAGCACCAGAGAACUAGAAGCUGGGGCAGCCCUUACUGAGAUGGAGAACCUAGGUAGACAAGAAACAGGUGCCGGGCAAGCUCAUGGGCUUCUGUUGAGAUGUUUGUUGGGGUUCCAAAAAAGCAGGGGAGGCACCUUGCUCAAAGGUGUGAAGCGUAGCCUCAAUAGGGUUGGGUCCUUGGUGCUCUCCAGGGAACCUUUGCCUUCUGCAAGGACAGCUGGAGCAAAAAGCCAUUCAGAGGGGAAGCAAUUGAGGUCUCUGGCCAAAAAUCUGGACAGGAAACCCCUCUGCUGAAUCUUUGUAAUACUAUUGGUGUUGGAGUAAACAUCCAUCAUUCAGCCUGGGCUUCAAGAGGGAGCCACAGGCAUAGGAGGCAGGGCGAGGAUACUCGGCCUCGUGCCUCCUGGGAGGCCAGACCACUGUCCCCAAGCGUGCGAGAGGAGCCUGUGACCCAGAUGCCGCCUCCACCUCGCCCCCGGCCGCGCCGCGUGGGAGGAGGCAGCAGCUGCGGGCCGGGCGGAGGGCGGGCGGCGGCGCUCCGGCCCGUGGGAAGCAGCGGCAUCUGCGCUUUCCACGCUCCUUCCCAGCGGCUAGCUCUGAAAUCCAACCCUCCCGGGCCGGCCUGGCGACCGCUGGCCCGCGCCCUCAGUCAACCCGCCCCUGGGAUCGGGUUGCAGGACCCGAGAAAGAGCAUCUCGGUUCGCGGUUCCCCCGACGGUCGGCCGUCCGCAAGGGCGGGCAAGGGCCAGAUGGCCAGACCGCUGACCACCCCCAGCCCUUCGCAGAUGCAAGCCCGGAAGAAGCGCAGAGGGAUCAUAGAGAAACGGCGCCGAGACCGCAUCAACAGCAGCCUUUCCGAAUUGCGACGCUUGGUGCCCACGGCCUUUGAGAAACAGGGCUCCUCCAAGCUGGAGAAGGCCGAGGUCUUGCAGAUGACGGUGGAUCACUUGAAGAUGCUCCACGCCUCCGGUGGCACAGGGUUCUUCGAUGCCCGAGCCCUGGCUGUUGACUUCCGGAGCAUUGGUUUUCGGGAAUGUCUCACCGAGGUCAUCAGGUACCUGGGGGUCCUGGAAGGACCCAGCAGCCAUGCAGACCCUGUCCGGAUUCGCCUUCUCUCCCACCUCAACAGCUAUGCAGCUGAGAUGGAGCCUUCCCCCACACCCACUGGGGCCCUGGCCUUCCCUGUGUGGCCCUGGUCCUUCCUCCAUAGCUGUCCAGGCUGGCCUUCCCUGAGCAGCCAGCUCGCCAUUCUGGGAAGAGUGCCUGGCCCUGUCCUCCCCAACGUCUCCUCUCCCACUUACCCCAUCUCUGCCCUCCGGUCCACCCCAGUACACAGAGUGGCUGGUACCAUCCUGCCAGCCCGGAGGAAUCUGUUGCCUAGUCGAGGGGCAACUUCCACCCAGAGAGCCCAUCCUCCUGAAAGGCCAGCUGCCCCUCCCCCCACAGCCCCUGGUAGCAGGGUUGCCAGGAGCAACCAUGUGCUCUCUGUCCUGCCAUCGUCUUCCCCCACAGCCCUUGGAGCUGGGAAGUCUGAUGACAGUCCAUCCCCUUUGGGGCCAACUGGGAGGCCAUCAGCAGCGGUGUUCUGCCACUCCUGGGUCUCUGAAAUCACUGAAAUUGGGGCUUUCUGAGCUGACCCCCUACACCCAUCCCCUAGAAAUGGGGAGCGUUGCUAUUCUCCCCCAUGAGCUCUGAAAAGGCGCCACCUUUUCUAGACCAGCUUCGAUACAAAGGCCUCUCUCCUCCCCCGUCAGAGCCCUCCCAGGCCCCUACUCACGACCCAUCCUGCUGCCCACCUGGCUCCCGUCACCUUUUCAGAGCUCAGAACCUUAGUCUCAUUUUCCACAGGCAUACAUGAACUACAUGGUGCCUGAGACCCCUGAGGCCCUGAGGCACUGUGGACCCAAGACUCAUGGCCUUUGAGUCUGGAGUUGAAGCUUUAACCUAACGGCUACUCCCAUGAUGAGGUGGGACUCGCAGUCCUGAGGGCUGGUGGGAUUCAGCCACCCCCAGGCCAACAGGAUGGAAUGUGCCGUCUGCUUCACUUCCUGAAGACAGAUAUGAAGCUGUGGCUGUUGAGCCGUCUCUGUGGCCCCUCCCAGAACAGGGAAGCACAGGACAAAUCUGUUCUCCAAUCAGUUAAGGCCUGCAGCUACCAUCGUCCCAACUUCAGCCGCCCACCUGACUGACUACCCACUAAGGCUUGACAAGCCAGGCCAGGAGGAUUCCCCACAGCAGCGGAGCUCUGGCGGGAUGUCCCUACCACCAGGUCUCCACAGUGCUUCGGACAGGAACCGGGGCUGAGAGAGAACAGGAGAGCACCGCUCCUUUUCUCUUGGGUACCGUCCUCUGGGACUGUGACCCUUCCCACAGAGUGUUGACGACCUGUGGUCCUGAUGGUGGCACUCUAAGAAUCAUUCUCUUGGGAUUCGGCACCAGACAUCUGAGCCGCCUGGUUUGCAUCCGGCUCCCAGAGCCCAGACUGCUGCCACAGCCAAGGGCUGUCAGGCGGGAUAAAAAUAACUUGGAGGAGGGGGAAUACAGGCAGAGGCGGCUGGGCUCUUCAAGGUCAUGCAGCGGGUCGAGGGCCUGAGAGCCUGAGAGCCCACGUUUCACACAGCUGCCUCCGCUCAGAGGCCAGCUCACUCCCCAGCUCCACCUCAAGCCACUUGCCUUUCUAAUGGGAAUAAAUGGCCAGUGGACCAGCAGAGACUGAACUGACAUUUAGGGUCGCCCUAUCCGGGGACAAAGUGUGGAAGCCUCUCUGUCCUCUUUGGUGAGCACUUGCUCCCCCACAGUACCUCUGAGGACUGCCCAGUGUGCCAUCCAGGAACACCCUGGUUAAUGCCUGGCAAAACCAAGAUUGUGGGAACCUGUAACUCCUAUUCACUGAUGCUGGGGCCAUGCUGAUUAUGAAAUACUUGCAAGCUUGUUCCAGAAAGCCCCCCAUCCUGGUCCCAGCCUUUGAUGGAACCGCGGUCGUCAGAGCUGUAGUAAGGAACCUGUGGGCACAAAAGGAGCGUUUACCAAACCCUGGGAGCAUAAGGGUCAUUUCAGAAAAGUGGGACAGAGGGCAGAGGUCAUCUGAGUGACCCAGAAAGAGUUUGUGCAUAGGCCAUGAAGAGAUAAAGACUUCUUCACUCCUUA